GACAAAUUCAUCAUAUCUAUAGAAAGCAUCAAGAUGGCUCCUUCAGUUAAAAGUAAAGAUCUAGUUGUGCCAUAUGUACAUGUUGCUCCAGCUCCAGAAGCUGAUUCCUCAGCUGUGAUUUCACAAAGUAUGCCAAUGGCAGCCAUGUUUAUGAAAAACAAAUUAUUGUCAUGGAUUACUUUAAUGACUGCUGUUCAAGCAAUUUUGAAUAGCAAUGGACAAGGUGCACAAGAAUCAGGUCAAUCACCAUUAUUGAGAGUUUUGAUGGCUGUUGUUUCUCUUGGUGUUUGUUACAUGGAGUUGGUAGUUCCUGGUGCUACUUCAGGUGCUGGUUACAAAAAGAAGGGUGCUGAACAAAUUGCUGAAAGUAUUUCAUCUACAAUUGCUGCAGCUGUUGAAACUGCAACCAAGAAAUGA